AACCUUUCUUCCUUUCCCCCAAACCUCUUCGGGUUGAAUAUCGCUAUUCCAGAGUGACCUAUGUAUACCAUAAUCUCUUUAUGACAAGUUUGUUUUCAGUGCAGAUAGACAUUCUGCGGAGCUGAUUCUUCUUCCCGGCCACUUCAAUUGGAUGCGUUAGUGGUAAUCAAGGAAUAAUGGCUUCUUUGUUUAAGGAUCCUAACAAGCUUUCAGCAUAUCGGGAUAGAAGAUUUCAGGGUUCUCAGGAAGAUUUUGAACAUGCACUUCAAACUUCGACAACUGCUUAUGUUGGGAAUAUGUCUUUCUACACUACAGAAGAGCAAGUUUAUGAACUGUUCUCGCGAGCUGGCGAGAUUAAAAAAAUCAUCAUGGGGUUGGAUAAGAACACCAAAACCCCUUGUGGCUUUUGCUUUGUCCUAUAUUACUCUAGAGAUGAUACUGAGGAUGCUGUAAAGUACAUAAGUGGGACAAUUCUUGAUGAUCGCCUUAUUCGUGUGGAUUUCGAUUGGGGGUUCCAAGAAGGAAGGCAAUGGGGUCGUGGUCGAAGUGGUGGGCAGGUGCGGGAUGAGUAUCGUACCGACUAUGAUCCUGGUAGAGGUGGUUAUGGAAAAUUGGUUCAGAAAGAGCUGGAAGCACAAAGGCAGCUAGUAGAUUAUGGUACAGGGUCUCUGGGCUCUUUUCCGCCAGUUAUGCCAUCUCAUUUGGAUGGUAGAAUUGGUGGAGGCUAUGGGCAUGGGGGUUCUCACAGACAAAGUCGAGAUUACCAUCGCAAGAGGCACAGGGAAGACGAUCGCCGUGCACCAGAGAACUCAAAGAGAACCUCUGACUAUGAGUCCCAGAGAACUGAUGACGAGUCCAGACCGGAGAAGAAUCCCCGUUUUCGUGAAAGUGGUGAUUCUGACGAUGAAGACGAAGAUGAUCGAAAGAGACGGCAUUAGCUUACGUUAAUGAAGUUUGUUUGUGUGUAAUUAUUUCCAGACUGCUUGGUUGACUCAGCUGCCUGGUGAAGACCCAUGAGCGUUA